AAAGAGUUAGUACUAACUAGUCUAACUAGUAAGGCAACUUCUGUCAUCCUUUCAAAAAGCCCAAUCAUAACUUCCACCAAAAGCACUUUCACUUUCACAAAAGAAAUAUAUAAACCACACUCCCCUAAAUUUUGUGCGAAUUGGUAUCUUCAUCAUUAGAAAUGGCCUCUUUUUGGUUAAAUAUAGCCCUCAUUACGGCUCUCAUUGUCUCACCUCUCCUUACCUUUAAUUCAAAAGCCUCAAGCAUCUCAGCUUCACCAGCAUUCUUCACCAACUCCCCUCCAUCUUCUAAUCUGCAAGGACUGCCUCCAGAAAUAGCUCCACUUUUGCCAUCUCCAGGUCCGGAGGUGCCUACCACUCCAACUGAUUCCUCCAUACCCACCAUUCCCUCCAACCCGAGCCCUCCGAAUCCCGACGAUCUGCCUUACUCUGCACUUUCGCCAUUUGGGUCACUGCCAGCUUCUUCAGCAGCAUCUGCCGACUUAUUUUGGACUUUGAAGUUGGCUGCUUUUGCAAGUUCAGCUGCAUGUGUAUUGCUUCAUGCAGUUUCUUAGGGUGUAAGUCAUCUUUUUGUGGGAUACAUGAUUCAAUUCUCAUUGGUUGUAGUCAAAAUUGUCCUAUAUAUAUGUAUAGUAUUACUUUUUGUAUAGGUUAGAGAACUUUUAAUUGAUUUUGAGUAAUAUUAAGAGUU